UUGAUGUACAGUUGAAUUUUUWAUGAAAAAAAUGACUGAAACUUCUCUAGAGAAAUCUAUGCAUUUUCUUCAUUUUCACUGUGCUUAAUUCUUUUAUUCUAGGUACAUAAAGUAUGCUGUAAAAUACCAGCUCUUAGAUUUGCCUUUUUAAAAAUCCUGUUCCCUAGUAAGACAUGCAAUCCAAGCUGUGAGAAGGCCACAUGAUAAAUGUAAUGUUMAAUUGAAGAACAAUUUAUUUCUCAUAAGAUAACCUCUAAGAAGUACUAGGAUUUAAUUUUUUURUAGUUGGUGAGUGCUGUUGCACAGCAGUAUUGUGCUAUCAGAUAAAAGCUGAUAGAUUGUUUUACAAUUGUUUGUAAAUAAUAAAGUAACAAAUAAGGGUGUAGACUGGUUUGCUGUGUAGGAAGAGGAGAGAAUGUCUACACUCGCAAAGUUGUUUGUAAUUUCUGAAUGGCCACACCCUCGUGCUGGGAACAGUGUCAAGCUUCASUCCCAUUCCAAGGGUUUGGUCCUGUUUAUUGUCAGUCAGGCAGAACCCUAACAGGCUUUCUCUGGCAAAGUAUGAACUGAGCUAUGUGUGAUACUUACGUAUGCUCAGUACUUUCACAAAAUAGCAUUCCCUAGGCUAUUUCAAAGUCAAACGUAUUUAUAUGUAUAUUUUUAUCUUACUGUUACAAAGUGAUCAAACAGUUUGGUGUCUUUGCCACUGUCUUUCUGAACUCUUAUCUGGGUGUUCAUGCUUCAUUCUCAUUACAUGUGCUCUCCCUAGCUUGAUAGCUUUUCCUUGGUUAUUCACUAAGAAAUAAUUGCACAUCUUCCACUGUUCUCAACGUCACUAACACAUUUAAACUUYUGUAACCAUUUUAUUUAUCAGUUGUUGCAGCUGAGGCUAUUUGGGCUGUUAGUUUAGUAAAAUCUUUUCAGGAGAGUUUAUUAAUGUACGUACAUUUUCAGUAUGUUCUGAUCAGUGCUGUGGUGGGAACUACAAUACGCUGCACGAACAGAAGUUCAUCUCUUCUCAAAGGUCACUUCACAGUUCUGUUUGCUUUGCUCUUUCAGAUCUGGUGGAAUGAAURUGAAAACCAUUUCUAGGAGGUAUACUGCAGUGGUUAUGAUUUUAGUGUAAGCCUAUAUGUUCUGAAAAUGUCUGACCUGUAUGUUGUCUCCUUUAUGAGUUUUAAUAGUAUUUAAAUUGUUUUUACAGCUGCRUUUACAGUCUCUUACUAUAAUAUGUAGGGUUCAACAUAUAUACGURUAUUAUUAAACUAAUAGUCUAAAGGUCAUUUGGACUUUCCAAAAUAAAAGUAUAAGCAAAUAAAUUACACAUUUCAGUGUCUUAUAGGUACAGAAUUAUAAGAACAUUUAGGAAGGAUUUUGAUGUGCUAACUAAAAGACAAUCAUAAACAUGUUGCAUCCUCUAUGCAUCUUUGGAAAGGGAGCAUUAGCACUGGUGAAGUAGAACAACUGCACUGGAAAUUCAAUGAGKUUUUGGCAGCUGUUAGCAUGGAAUUAGGGUUAGUUGAACACUUUCUUAUAGCUUUUUACCAACAGACAAGAUACUUAGAGGAAUGUUUGUAUAUUUCACAUUUUGACCAUGGUCUUUUCAGAGUUCAGUGUGGUUACCUGGCAUKUGGGUCAAUGAGCUCGUUGUGUUCUAGACUGCUCUGUCCCUUAUUUGGGAAAAGGACACUGUUAAAACUGGCAAAGGGUUAUAACUAGAAGAUCCCUAAUGGUGCUUCCAACCSAAACCACUCUGGUUCUACAACAGARGGACCUUACAAACAGCAGAACUAAUGAGGUCUGGGCUCUUAUUACUGGAUUUUGUGACAGACCAUAAGAGUGCUCUUAYAUCCUCAGAGCUCCCGGGUGGUCCCUUAUUUCAUCCACUGUAAUGAUCAAAAUUAGUUUACUAUCCCCAGCUUUCUGUUCAGCAGCUGCUGCUCUGCUCCGACAGACUGGCCAUUGCUUGCCACUUCACUGUGAGGCRUGCAGAGUACCUGGCCCCUCAACUGGAGACCUGUACAGAUAAUUUUGAGAGUUCCUCAGGCUUAGAAUGGAAAGAGUGAAUACAUUGAGAUUGUCUGGCCAUGGGAAGGAGAAGAUGCCUGCUCCAAGGGUGCCAGUGCUGGCAGCAAGAUCACUGGAUCUCUUCUGUUCCAAGAGACAUGGAGGUCUAUUUGUGGUUGGAGCUACCUGAAUAAAGUAUAGGAUAGUCUGCUGUGAAAGCAUCUGACAUGAAGAAGACUGUCUUGUGGUUUAGUUUGCUCUGAAUGUGUCAUGUUAUCAGAUAAGCCUUUUCACGAAAUUAAAAACCAGAAACAGUAUUUUCUUGUUUCUGGGUUUUGUUUGGAUUUUUUUUUGUCACCUGUCAAUUCAGGUGGGCCUGAAUUAUCUGUUGCUGAUUUUAAUUGGAAUUGUGGAAGCAAAAUCCUGGAAUAAAAAAUCCUGGAAUAAAAAAAAGAAAUGGAAUGUUUCUUUAAGCUUUAAAAUAGGCUGUCUUGACUCAGAUUUGCAGYAAGGGCAGUUUAUGCAUCUGCAGUAUAUAAAUAGGUCUUUAAAUAGGUGUAAGUAAAAUACACUUAUGCUUUAAGUUUCUUUAURUUGACAAAGUGUAGUAAAAUAUUUUUAUUGUAAAAACCAGUUAAAGUCAAUUUUCCAUAGAGAAAAAAUGCACUUCUGUGUAAGGAUUUUCACCAGAAAAAAAAACUCAGCUGCUCAGAGGGAGAUGGUCUUAAAUUUAAAUAUGUUCUAAAGACACUGUAAAGCUUCCUAACAAGAGUAGAGGUACAUGACAAAAUCAGUUUCAACUGAMUGAACACUCAUAGGUGUACUGUCACUGAACUAUCUCUAAAUGAGCCUGUUUGGUAAGCCCCAGCAAUCCURUGGUUCAGCCAGGCUGUUGGUGUUUUUUGUAUUCCAUUAUUGCAGUCCAGAGUGCCUCAUGGGAAUCCAUUUAGGAAACAGUCUAGUAGCCUCUGUCUUCCUUUCACUACWAGCUGUACAGUGAUGAGCCUUUUGGAAUGUAAAAUAUGUAACAAAGUUUCCUUUUUCCAUCUUAAUUUUACAGAAAAUUGAGAAUUUGGGGUUUUUGAGGGUAAGCCUAAGACUAGUCUUUCUCUUAAAUUAUAAUUAAACACACUCCUUUAUGUGUGUCCUGUGGACUAUACUGAAAAAUUUCCUACAGGUGAGUAUUACCUGUAGAAUUGUUCUCUGAUAUAUAGCUUAUACUUUACUUUUCAAAAUACGCAGUGUGCGUAUAUUUUACAAAGUAGUAAUAUUACCAAAUUCAGUGCAAAAGUCACUUAAAACACAAAUUUCUAACUGUGCAUAAGAUUUGCAAACUAAAUUCAAUGCUGAUAAGUUCUUUGUUUUAUGGUGUAUUGAUUUUGUUUGUUGGGGUUUUUUUUUAAAUAAGACUGUAGAAUCAAUUACUUAUUUUUCCAUUUCAGGAAUAGAUUGAAGAAAACAUGGCCAAUCAACGGGAUUACAUUAGCAGACCUAUUUGCAAUGGAAUUUCUGUUCCUGAAAAUAAAAUCAAUUCCUUAGUGGCUGAAGGUCAUGGACAACAAAUUCUAAAAGUGCUGCAAAAGUUCAGAGAACAAAAUAUAUUUUUUGAUUUUAAAAUUCUUGUGAAAGAUGAAAUAAUUCCCUGUCAUCGUUGUGUACUGGCAGCAUGCAGUGAUUUUUUCAGAGCCAUGUUUGAAGUUAAUAUGAAAGAGCGAGAUGAUGGUAAUGUUAUUAUUAGUAACCUAUCACCCAAGGCAGUGAAAGCUUUUCUUGAUUAUGCUUACACAGGAAAAACAGAGAUAACCAAUGAUAAUGUGGAAAUGCUCUUCCAAUUGUCGUCAUUUCUUCAAGUUUCACUCCUUUCCAAAGCUUGCAGUGACUUCCUAAUAAAAAGUAUUGAUCUUGUGAAUUGCUUACAGUUGCUUUCUCUGUCAGAAAGUUAUGGGUCCGUCCGCUUGUUUGAUCAUGCACUAGAUUUUGUACAACACCACUUCUCAUUGCUACUCAGAUCAAGUGAUUUUUUGGAGAUGAAUUUUGAGAUACUACAGAAAUGUCUUGAGGCUGAUGAACUAAAUGUCCCUGAAGAAGAAUCAGUGUUGAAAGCUGUCCUCCAAUGGACCAAACACAACKUAGAAACACGACAGAAAUACCUGCCUAAUUUGAUUAAAAAAGUGAGAUUACACCAGUUACCUGAAAAGACUUUGCAGGACUAUCUGCAUUCUGAAGAACACUUACUUAAGAGUGCUAACUGUUCAGUAAUAAUCAGUGAUGCAGUUAAAAGUGUGCAGAACUUUAGUGGACUGUUUCCAGAUGCACGUCCUUCAACAACAGAAAAAUAUAUAUUUGUUCAUAAAACGGAUGAAGAUGGAGAAAACAGGCACACAUUCUGCUACAACAUCAAAACAGAUAAAUGGAAAGAACUACCACAUACGCACAUGAUCGAUCUGCCAGGGUCAAGUUUAUCUAGCUAUGGAGAAAAAAUAUUUAUUACUGGAGGAUGCAAGGGAAAUUGUUAUAGGACUGUUAGGCUUCAUAUUGCUGAACCAUUUCAUGAUGCUACUGACCAAACCUGGUGCUACUGUCCAGUCAGCAAUGAAUUCUCCAUAGUGUCAGCUAUGAAAAAACCAAGGACAAUGCACACAUCUGUUGUAACUUUAAAUCAGCUCUUUGUAAUAGGUGGAAAGACCAGAGGAGCUCAAGAAACUCGGAGUCUUUUGGAYGUAGAAUCCUAUAAUCCUCUUUCCAAAGACUGGAAAUCUGUAAGCCAAUUACCAAGAGGUAUCUACUAUCCAGAAGCAAGUGCAUGCCAGAAUAUAAUUUACGUCCUUGGCUCAGAAGUAGAGAUUACUGAUGCCUUUAAUCCAUCUCUUGACUGUUUCUUUAAGUAUAACGCUAUGACUGAUCAGUGGUCUGAGCUUGUCGCAGAAUUUGGGCAGUUUUUUCAUGCAACUCUAAUCAAAGCUGUUCCAGUGAACUGUACUUUGUACAUAUGUGAUCUCUCCACCUACAAGGUCUACAGUUUUUGUCCAGAAACCUGUGUUUGGAAAGGGGAAGGAUCUUUUGAAUGUGCUGGCUUUAACGCAGGGGCAGUUGGGACAGAAGACAAAAUUUACAUACUAGGUGGUGAUUAUGCUCCAGAAGAAAUCACAGAUGAAGUUCAAGUCUACCACAGUAGUAGGUCUGAGUGGGAAGAAGUUUCACCCAUGCCAAAAGCCUUAACUGAGUUUUACUGUCAGGUCAUUCAGUUUAAUAAAUACAGGGAYCCCUGGUCACCAGUACUGACAAUUUGCUCUGGAGAAUUUUGAAACUCCUGAGUCAAAAGAGUCUAUUUAAAUGCACAAGUUCUAGAACAGUUUUUAAGUAUUAGUUUACAGAUGGAGAAAUAUGUACUUGUUUGUUGAAAUUUUCAGUUUAAAUUAUAUGCUGUAGGUUUGCUUUUGGAAGAGUCCAUUAAAAUGUCAUUCAUGCUAGUCAUUAUACAGACAGURUUACUUAAUUUUAUACACAACUCUUCCCUGUAAUUAUCAGAAUAACUUUCAAAAUGAUACUACUUUUCAAAAAAGAAUACUCAUGAAGAAUUAAUUGUGUAAUAUGUGCCAUUAUUUCUGUAAUAUUCACAGUUGUCCCAGUAGACAAAUUGCUAAAUGAGAAAAUUGACUGUGAUACUGUUUUCCCUAUGUAACUGAAGUUUAAAAUCAUUAGUAYUGCUUAGAUUUUCUAUGUCCAUAAACCUGUAAGAGGAAUUCACUGUCAGCUUUAUCUUAUGGUAAUGACCCUAGCAAGGUCAAGAGCCAAAGUGACCUUCAUAGCAUUAAAGCCAGGUAUCUAACUUGAAGAGACUGAUAAUUCCUGUCAUCUUACUUCAGCUCUUCAGUUUUACCAGUUUUUCUCCAUCCUUGUGCCUUAGUAGUAGGUUUAUUUUCUGUUUCCAUCCCAUUAACUGUGGCACGGUAAACUGCAGGGUAGGUAAGAUUUCUACAGGAUGGAURAUUCAUAUUAAAUCUUUGCUUUAGUCAUCUUGUUAACUAAAAAAAAAAAACAUGUCAGGAUGUUUUCUAAUAGAAGUAUUCCAUCUCUGAAGUCUCCAGUGCUACCCACUAAGCAGUCACUAGGCUGCUUAGAGCAGCAAGCUUUAAAAGAAAUUGUAGUUGUUGCUUCCGUUAACGGUGGGACAAGUUCGUAUCUUGUCACACAUCAGUUACAAAGUUCCAAAACUACACCCCCACAUUAGAAGUCAAUAGUAUAUAGUAUUUCUGAGGUGAGAAAUCAUCUUUUGUGGUUUAAAUUAAUUAAAAUGCUUUAUCUUGAACUUCAUGGUAAUUUUAAAUGUUAAAAUAUUACACAGUAAACACUACACAAUAUAUUGCUUGAUAAACUUUAAGUAGUCAGCUAUUAUAAUAUUAGAAUUGUAAUGGCCUUCUAGUGCUAAUAUUAGUCUAGCCAUACGUUGUGAAGUAGAU